AUGUACAGCCGCAAAGCCUGGGGCGGCGAGAUCGAUCCAUUUAUCCUCACGAAAUUUGCCAAAGUCGAAGAUGACACUGCGGCACAAAAUAACCUCGUCAGUUUGGUGAUAUUUGAAUGGGGCGACGAGUCACUUAUAGGGCGGCCAGUUCCUGGUACCGAUGAUGAGCUAGCUACAAUCUGUGACCCAGCGAAUAUCGAAGCCAAUCUUUGCACUCAGGAAGAAUUGGGAGCAUUCAUUCUUGCCGAAAAUGCUACCGAAGCCGCGAAGUCCACAAUUUUGUCCAAAGCUGUCAAUUUAAAUGACCCUGCUGCUAUCAACUAUCCAGUGAAGAAGACCGGCUUCUACUGUGUUAGCACAUUUGCAUAUUCCGGACACGACUAUCAGGGUGUCGUUGAAUUCCGAAACUCAUACGGUGAACUUCCUGCGGCUCAGAUCGCCAAACUGCCAUUUUAUGGAGCGCUCACAAUAGUAUAUGCGGUCAUCGGAGUUUUUUGGGCAUUCCUUUAUGUUCAGAACCGACAUGACAUUCUGCCGGUACAGAACUACAUCACAGCAAUUCUUAUUUUUCUUGUGGUAGAGCAGGCGAUGACAUGGGGUUUCUAUGACUAUCAAAAUCGACAUGGCAUGAAUGCAUUUGCCAAAGUCCUCAUGAUUAUUGUAGCUAUUCUCAAUGCAGGUCGAAAUGCGUUUUCGUUUUUCUUACUCCUUAUUGUCUGUAUGGGCUAUGGAGUCGUCAAGCCGACUUUGGGAAGGACGAUGCUUUGGGUCAGACUCCUCGCAAUCGCACACUUUGUCUUUAGUGUGAUCUAUGGUAUUGCAAGUCUUUCUAUCACACCUGAAAGUGCCGGACCUUUGGUAUUGCUGGUUAUUCUACCACUUGCAGCAACUCUGACAGCAUUCUAUGUCUGGACACUCAACUCUCUCAACCUCACAAUGAAGGAUCUAGUUGAGCGAAGGCAGAAAACCAAAGCGAUGAUGUAUAGGAAAUUGUGGUGGUGCAUUCUUGGCAGCAUCAUUGUGAUUUUCGGCUUUUUCUUCAUCAAUUCAUUUGCCUUUGCUGGUCGAAGUGCGAUCAAUUUUGUCCCAGACCACUGGAAGACCAGAUGGUUCGUUUUGGAUGGCUGGCUGAAUAUCGUCUACCUCUUUGAUAUCGCAUUUGUCGCCUACUUGUGGCGGCCAACAGCUAACAACAGAAGAUUUGCAAUGAGUGACGAGCUUGCUCAAGAUGAUGAUGGCUUUGAAAUUCGCUCCCUCGCAAAUUCGCUGGAUGAAGAAGGUGCGAUCCCGUUAGAAGAAAAUGAUUAUGAACGCCACUCUCUAGAGAGAGAAUUAUCGCCUGUACCACCGAAACCCGUUCAGCCCGCCCCUCAACAGCGCGAGUCCUUAGAUGGCGAAACUAUCUUCGCGGUGGGUGAAGAGGACGCCGACAAAUUUAGCGAAGACGAAGAUGAAGAUGAAGAUUUCCGAAAGUCUUCUGAGGAAAGGAGAAAACUAACCGGAGAGCCGAGUCUAUAA